CAUCCUACCUUCUCAACUGGCUCUAUUUGUAUUGCCUCAUUCAUCAAGUGCUGUUACCCAAUGUUGCUUAAUCCAAGUUUGCAUGUAUAAAUAGAGUUGGAAUAUAACUGCAUUGACUACUACCAAGUGUUAGCAGCAGGAAACCUCAUCACUUGAAACCAGUCCUUCAUGUUUAUAACUUAGAAGCCUGAAGAGUAAAGCCUGAAAUGAAGUAUUCAACCACCAAAAUUUCCCCAACAAAGAUGAACAACUUAGCAGGAAAAGACCUGGUAAAAUCUUCCAGGUUGGGAAAAUCCCAAGAGACAGUCCAAGAAGUUUGCCAGAUGUACUUUAUGAAGCUACGUUCUGGCCUUAUCAUAGGAAACAGGACCUGUUACUUUAGGGGAAAAACCACCAGAAGGCAUUCAAUAAAAACAGCUAGAAAGUACAGUAAGCCACAUCUGCUACUCAGAGACUGUCAGCAACCCCAUGAACGGUCUUCAGAGGACGGUAAUACACCUGUCCAGCAACAUAACAGAACAACUGGUGCUUCAGGUAUCCAAGGUGUGGCUGGUCACAGCGUGGUGUGGGAUGAGGAAAGAAGUAAGACACAGGACACUGAGCAUUCUUUUUCCCUGAGCACCUACAAUGAUCAAUCAGUUACUUUUGUUUUUGCGGAUGGAAGUUAUGAGAUCUAUGUUGAAGAUUUUGGAAAAAAACAGGAGAAAGAUAAGGUGUUAUUCCAUUACCAUGGCUCACAAUUACAAGCAACAGAUGAUGCUGUUGAUGGUGAGAAAUUAAUGGUAAGCCUGAGUCCUACAAAAGACAAAGACUUCUUGCUGCAUGCCAACAACCAGGAGUACUCUGUGGAGCUACAAAAAUGUGAAAAUCCAAUGCCAGACCAGACCUUCUUUUUACUUCAUAAGGAGCCCGGGCCUUCUUCAUGCGUUUCAUUUGAAUGUAAGAGCAAUCCUGGAGUGUUUAUAGGUGUAAAGGAUAACCAGCUUGCUCUAAUUCAAUUAAAGGACCAAACUGAGCAUUCUAGAAAAGAGAAUAUAAAAUUUAAGCUCUCUUAAUAAGUUUAAGUAUGUGAUGGAACUGGGUUGGGUAGCCCAAAUAGCUGCCAUUGAAGAGAUUGUCAGAAAAAAAAAAAAAAGGUUGAGAUAAUAUUUAAGGUAAAUAGUGCUUAGCAUGUUGUGGAAUGUUUUUCUUAUUAUAUUAAAUAUAUUUUUAUGUAAUCCUCAGUUCUGUUUUUCAUUUCCCUCUAUAUCACUGUAUAUUCAAUACAAAUAUUGGUAUAUUAAAUAGGGUGCUGAUAAAGAGGCCUGCAAAUAUUCUGAAGACAUAUAGACCUUCACUUUUUUCUACUUUCAGCCCAGAGAGAACUUAAUAUUUAGAAAUAUUACAAUUUCAAUAACUGGCUAUCCCUUCUGUUUGUGACAUACUUUGUCCUUCUAACCUAGGCUUCCAGCGAUGAGUGACUUUUGAUAUAUUUGUCACCUUGGACACAAUUUUUCUAAUCUUUUCUUCAUAUGUGCACCAGUCUUUUUGUUGUCCAGCUUCCCAAUGACCCCACUUAUUAUGAAAUAUUCAUUUGAUUUCUGUUCUGCUUUCCUUUCUUUUGACUAACUGUGUUUUUGAUAUACCUUUGGCAUUCCUGAACUUCAUUUCCAAAUCACCUGACAUCUGAAUGCUAACACCUUUAUUCUGCUUUAUCUAACUGCUGUUGUCAAAUUUUACAUAAAUCUAUUGAUAGCAAAAUUUUUUAUUAAUCAUCUUUGUGUUUUACUGAUCUAAGGUAGUAAAAUAAUUUAUACUCAACCAUAAUGAUAACAUUUUCAACUACUAAUGGAAUAGUUAUUACUUAUCUUAAGGCCUUAGUAAUUUCUACUACAAUUUUUCAUAGCUUAACUGACAAUAAAUGAUAAACAUAAUAACAGAAUAAUUAUGAUUAUGAUUUUUUCUGAAAUUGUAGGCUUUUUGGUUUCUAAUUUGUUGAGAUCUAUUGGAUAUAAUUGCUGGUAGAAUAUAAGAUAAAAGAGGCUGAGAAUUACUGUAUACAGGAAAACAAGUGUAGAAUAACAUACCUUUGUUUCAUUACUUUGUCAAUAAUUUUACAACAGAGACAAAAAUAAAAGCAGAAUUUAUAUCAUCCCCUCUGAAAAACACUAAAUGUUAAUCAUGUUCCUCUGUAUGAUAUACUUAAAAUGAUAAUUAAGUAACCAAAUAUAUAUAUUAUAUUGUUUAUAUUCAUGAAUAAACUGUAUUUUUCAAAACUAUAUAA